UUGCUUCCGUUCGGGGCGCUACAGCUUCCGACCUCCGCCUCUCCCUCUGGCGAGGAAGAGACGCGACCCCACGCGCAUGCCCUGAUCAUCCCAGAGGGGCGGGGCCGAAGCUAAGGGAGAGGGAGGGGGGGAAAGAAAAGGGAAUCCAACCUGUGGAAUCUUGGGGUACCCAAGGUCGGCUUCUUCGCAUUGACUGUGGAUGGUACCUGGCACAGAGCCUCUGGUGGCUCGUGGGGAGCUUGGGGGUCCGCAGGGUGAGGGCGGAGGGGAGUGUCAGUGUCAGAGUGUGAGUGGGGUACGGGAGUUCUAAACUUAGUCUUGAGGCCCUCGGGUCUCCCGUGCCGGGGAAGGGAGCUCGGGCCGCCAUGCGCGACAGGACCCACGAACUGAGGCAGGGGGAUGACAGUUCGGACGAUGAGGACAAGGAGCGGGUCGCGCUGGUGGUACACCCGGGCACAGUACGGCUGGGGAGCCCGGACGAUGAGUUCUUCCAAAAGGUCCGGACAAUUCGACAGACUAUUGUCAAGCUGGAGAAUAAAGUCCGAGAGUUGGAGAAGCAGCAGGUCACCAUCCUGGCCACGCCCCUUCCCGAGGAGAGUAUGAAGCAGGACCUGCAGAACCUGCGUGAUGAGAUCAAACAGCUGGGGAGGGAGAUCCGAGCGCAGCUGAAGGCCAUAGAGCCCCAGAAGGAGGAAGCUGAUGAGAAUUAUAACUCAGUCAACACAAGGAUGAAAAAAACCCAGCAUGGGGUCCUGUCCCAGCAAUUCGUGGAGCUCAUCAACAAGUGCAACUUGAUGCAGUCGGAAUAUCGGGAGAAGAAUGUGGAGCGGAUUCGGAGGCAGCUGAAGAUCACAAAUGCUGGAAUGGUGUCUGACGAAGAGCUGGAGCAGAUGCUGGACAGUGGGCAGAGUGAGGUGUUUGUAUCCAAUAUACUGAAGGACACACAAGUGACUCGACAGGCCCUAAAUGAGAUCUCAGCCCGGCACAGUGAGAUCCAGCAGCUUGAACGCAGUAUCCGUGAACUUCAUGAGAUCUUCACUUUUCUGGCUACUGAAGUGGAGGUGCAGGGGGAGAUGAUCAACCGGAUUGAGAAAAACAUCCUGAGCUCAGCAGACUAUGUGGAACGGGGGCAAGAACAUGUCAAGAUGGCCCUGGAGAACCAGAAGAAGGCACGGAAGAAAAAAGUUUUGAUCGCCAUCUGUCUGUCUGUCACUGUCCUCAUUGUGGCAGUGAUCAUUGGUGUCUCCAUAUUGGUUUGAGAACAUCGCACGUUCUUGGCACUAAGAGCACCAGGGACCCAGGUCUGCCUUCUCUCCCAGCAGCUGAGGGGGGAGGGCAGGACAGAGCCUCCAGCUGGACCCCCUUCCUCA